AUGGCAUUCAACUGUAUCAAGAUUGUUUUGCUGGGAUUUUUUGCUACAGCCUUGGGUGAUCGUUGUGUUGAUGGAAAAAAUAAUAAAUUUGUUGUUGCAAGCAGUAAAGAAGAACUACCAAUUAUGCUAAGUGGUCUCGAUAUAUCCGUUUUUGACAGCCACAUGAAACCCAGUUGCUACAAUGGCGAACCAAAUUUUGUUCUUCCGGGUUAUCUCAAACUUUCAAACGGCUAUCUUAUUGUUUCAAAACCAUUUGAUCUUGUUAAAUCAGCUUCAGUCAAACUUACUGUUGUCAGCAAAUCUGGUUCUGAAUACUGCAGGAACGGUGACAGCAGCCAAUGGUUCUUGCCUAGGGAUAUAUGCACCCAAAACUUCUGUGAAUUUGUUGGUGAUAAGGUUUGCAAGGCUUUAAGUGAACCAGGAAAAUAUUCCAUUGAACAACUGAUCUCCAAAUCUGAACAAAAUAAUACCGUUAAACUUCCUGAUGAACCUUGUUUCUUCGGUUAUAUCUGUGCCCAUGAUCUUCUUUCGGGUGAGUACCAUAUGACAAUGGCUGUUGAACAUGAAGGCCAAUUGAUUUCUCGUUGGGAGGUCCCCUCAAACAUGGAUUAUGUUCAUUUCUUUGCCGGCAGUCAUAGCGGUGGUAUAUUCUACAAAAAAGGAUUCCAAAACUUGGGAGCUGUACUGCGUAAACAAAGCGUUUCAGAUGUUCAGUCGUCUACGAGGGCAUUAAAGCUACCGAGACUCUCCUGA